UUUGUGCCAGAGAAAACUGAUCUGUCACCAUUGACUUACAUUGUGAGUCAUGACGGAUCCGUCUUGCUCCGCAUCCCAGGACGCACUCAACAACACUGCGUACUGCGCUUCUGUGUGUGUCAUGGGAAGGCAAUGAAACGGAAUGGAAUGCAUUCUGGUGACUCUGUUCCCCAUCAGUUCAGUUUUGUCCCCAUUGACAACGAAUGGGGACAAAACGGAAGUGUUUUUUCCCCCGCUAUUAAGAUCCUAUGACGGAUCUCAAUAGCGGAAAGGGAAAGCGCAAGUGUGAAAGUAGCCUAACAUGAAUAGAUAUAUAUUUAUAGAAUUUUUUACUUAGACCUUCAGAUAGAAUAAUACAAUCUGUUUCGUAGAUGUCAGGAAAAAAUUCCAAAAAAAUUCAAGACCACGUUCUUCAGAAAGCUAUCGAUGCCAUGAGACGGGAGGGCUGGCAUUACAGAGGUCUUUUUGGAGCCAAAAUCAUGAUGACGGGAAAAGGUCCUAUUGUUCUAGGAUUUAUAUGCACCUUUCAAGACUUGAAGAGCCAGGUAAUUGCUCCGCUGCUGAAGGCCGAUCUUUACGAAGUCAUCCAGUCGGCCAUUGAGGAAAGACUUUCUUCUCGUGCAGUGAUGUGGUCUCUAGAUAAAUGUGUGGCUAGCACUUCCACAACAAAGAGGGACAUCUGGAGUCCCGCGGCCAUAGCCACACAGCAAGAUCCUGGCAUUGGGAUUAGAAAUAACAAGCUGGAAUCUGAUGAAACCGUGUCCUGUGGAGCAACAGCAGCUUCUCCUGCUGGAGUCACCACAUGCCAAAAAACUGUGGCUUUUACAGGAAUGGCCUACAGGAAAGAUGAUCCAUCCAUUACUCAGAAUGAUGUAAAUUACUUCACCCUGGUGGAACCCAUACGAUGAACGACUCAACUUCAGAUGCACAGCCUGGAUCCACAGUGAUGGGAAGCGCUCAUCAAUCCCUUGGCAGGAGAGUUAGAGGCUUUGAGAUAGACACGGCUCAGUACAAGGAUCCGGUGUUCGUCUGCUGGUCCGGCAGCCUGGGAGACAAAGUCCAGGCCGCCCUGGAUUGUAAUCUGCACAGGUCGGCCGCCCAGAGCCUGGUGACCACGUGUGUGAACCGUCUCCUGGCACAAGGAGCUCAGACUCUGUUCUUUAUGCCGGAGUGUGCUUGUGGCCAACUCUCAGCCGAUGUGACCCGAGCUUUACAGGAAGGACUGGCAUUGGGCUGCAAAAUGACUGGGGCCAAAUUACUAGAAAAAGACUUCACUCUGCCCCUCAGCGUAUAUACUGAUGGGAGCUACCACUUAUCCGGAUUUGCCCUGGGAGUGGUAGAGCGGGAUCACAGGUUACCACGUGCAGAUCGGAUGAGACCGGGCGACCUGGUUAUAGGGAUUGGGUCACCAGCAUCCUACAGCAGCCACAACCUGUCUCUUCUAAAAGACCUCAUGAAACGUCACUCCUUCCAAUACACAUCAGUACUGCCGACCAGUGGCGGAGUCACAGACUGGGGUGAAAUGAUAACAAACUCCAUGGGAUUUAGCCGGCCGGUUCUCCAUGCUCUUCAGUCCGGUAACAUCAACGCCUGUGUUCCCAUUAGUGAAGGUGGACUUGUGGGAAGUAUCCUCCACUACUUACCUGAGCACAUGGGGAUCAUCAUAGACGCUCUCUGUUGGAAGAUCCCGGCUACCUUCUCCUGGUUAUACGAGGAAGGAGAACUUUCUGCGCAGGAACUGGUCUACAACUUCAACUGUGGUGUAGGAGCUGUGCUCAUCACUCAGAAGAAUGCGGCCCAGAAGAUCCUGGCUGAGAUUCAGUAUGGCGAGGAGGCAUGGAUGAUUGGAUCAAUACUCCACCAUCAUUCAGAUUCUCCUCGUGUACAAGUCAGACAUUUUUUAGAAGCUCUAAAACUGAAUAAUUCCCAGCUAUUAAAAAACAGAAUUUUGUACAAAUCACCUGCAAAGAUCUCAAAGGUGGCCGUGCUAAUAUCCACUGCAGGUCCUAAACUGAAGCUUCUGAUGGACACUAUUAUAGAGCUGGGCAGCUGUGUGAGAAUGUCCCUAAUAAUCUCUAAUAAGAGCGCUGUGGAAGAAAUCAAGAAGGCUGCAGGAGCUGGGAUCCCCACACGGGUUAUCGACCACACAAUGUUUGGAUGUCAUUCUGAAUUUGAGAACACGAUGUGCAGAGUGUUGGAGGAAUACUUCAUUGACCUGAUCUGUCUCCCUGGCUCUGGAUGGAAUUUAUCAGAACAAUUUCCAAUAAGAUGGAGAGGGAAGAUUCUGAAACUGUACUCCUCGCUUUUCCCAUCCAAGAAAAUGGACAAAUCUCCAGUGUCUGGAUCAGAAGUUCACGGCUGCACAGUGAGCUUCAUGCUUGAUGGCAGCUCCCCUGGACCGAUCCUUCUGCAGGAAACAGUCGUAGCAGAUCCAGAAGUCCCCGUGUGCAAGCAAAUGGAAGAAGCUGAACAGAGAGCAGUGGCCAAGGCUCUACACCUGGUGGCCAGUGGAAGCAUCUCCUUAGGACCAGACGGGUAUACCUCAUGGAAAGCUGCCGACUAAACACAGAUGUAUUUGUCAGCAUCGUAUUUAUAAUGCCCACUUGUUCCACUUUUCCAGACAUAAUAGUUGGGUAAAGUGGGCAAAACCAUGACUUUUUUUUUAAAUUAAA